AAAUCCAAUAACAAAAAACAUGCUCGACUUCACCGCAGUGCUUGCGUUUAUUAUAUGUUCUCUCCUUCUUGCACUAACCACGAAGCGUAAGAAGUCAAAGAAAACCGUGUCAGUGACUUCCUACACAAGAAAGCUCCCUCUCCCUCCAGGACCCAAAUCUUGGCCUUUAAUCGGAAACCUACCGGAAAUAUUAGGGAGGAACAAACCGGUGUUCCGAUGGAUACAUUCUCUCAUGAAAGAACUCAACACCGAUAUUGCAUGUAUUCGUCUUGCGAAUACUCACGUAAUACCCGUGACAUCCCCGAGACUUGCGAGAGAGAUUCUGAAGAAGCAAGACUCCGUUUUUGCCACUAGACCGCUAACGAUGGGUACGGAGUACUGCAGCCGCGGGUACUUGACCGUUGCGGUGGAGCCACUAGGAGAGCAGUGGAAGAAGAUGAGGAGAGUGGUGGCAUCUCACGUGACGAGCAAGAAGAGCUUGAUGUCGACACUUCAAAAGAUAACCGAAGAGGCCGAUGACCUCGUCCGGUAUAUCAAUAACCGUGGUAAUGGUAAUGGUUUUGGGGUUAUUGAUCUAAGGCUUGCAGUGCGGCAGUACAGCGGAAAUGUAGCUCGGAAGAUGAUGUUUGGUGUAAGGCAUUUCGGUAAAGGAAGUGAAGAUGGAUCGGGACCAGGCUUUGAAGAGAUUGAACAUGUCGAAUCUUUGUUUACGGUUUUAACUCAUCUUUAUGCCUUUGCAUUGUCGGAUUAUGUCCCGUGGCUAAGGUUCUUGGACUUGGAAGGCCAUGAGAAGGUCGUUAGUGGCGCAAUGAGGAAUGUAAGUAAGUAUAAUGACCCUUUUGUCGAUGAAAGACUCAUGCAAUGGCGUAACGGGAAAUUGAAAGAACCUCAAGAUUUUCUCGACAUGUUUAUAAUGGCGAAAGACGCUGAUGGCAGGCCUACUCUGUCGGAAGAAGAGAUCAAAGCACAAGUAACGGAACUGAUGUUGGCCACGGUUGAUAAUCCGUCUAAUGCGGCGGAGUGGGCGAUGGCGGAGAUGAUUAACGAGCCAAGAAUCAUGCAAAAAGCCGUGGAGGAGAUUGAUAUGGUAGUUGGGAAAGACCGUCUUGUUCUUGAGUCAGACCUCCCGAAUCUCAACUACGUGAAGGCUUGUGUGAAAGAGGCAUUCCGGCUACACCCCGUGGCGCCGUUCAACCUCCCUCACAUGUCCACGGCCGACGCUGUGGUGGACGGUUACUUCAUCCCAAAAGGAAGCCACAUGUUGAUUAGUCGUAUGGGGAUCGGGAGAAACCCUAGCGUGUGGGACAAGCCGCUUAAGUUCGACCCUGAGAGAUAUUUGGGGAAUAACAUAGGCGUGGAGCUAGACGAGACAGAGCUCAAUAUAAUAUCUUUCAGUACGGGACGAAGAGGAUGUAUGGGUGCGAACAUUGGGUGGCCCAUGACGUGCGUGUUGCUUGCUCGGUUGAUUCAAGGGUUCACAUGGUCACCAGUGGCUGGUGAAAGUAAGAUUGAUAUGUCGGAAAGCAAUAAUGACCUUUUUAUGGCAAAACCCUUACACGCGGUUGCAAAACCUCGUUUAGCUCCACAUGUUUAUCCAACCUAAUUGAAAGAAUAAAGUAUUAGUACUGUUAAUUGCAUGUAAAGGGAAUGUUGAAAUAGUCUCUUUUGAGAGAAAAAAGCUAUUAGCAAGGUUAAGAUAUAUCACUAACCAUCUUUUUCUUCGUCUAAUUGUCAGCCAUAUGCUUGGUUUGUAGAGAGUCUCUUUCUAUUAUUGGUGGGGCGUCUCUCUAUUGUCGACUGUUUUUAUCUUUUCCUUCUUCUAUAAUAUUUUCGCUAAUACUUUGUUUACU